CGUCAUCGUCACUUUGUGUAUCUGCACACAAAUUCCACGUGAGGUUAUUACUCGAAGAUUCUGUAUUGAGUUUAAUUUUCCGGUUACAGAAAAUUCGUUAUUUCACGGUGUAUAAAGAUUUGCUUGUUGAUUCGGAUACACGUUGUGUAACAGAAGCAUAUCUAUUGCAUCAAUGUUCGUUCCUUGACUAUUCUUACUGUUAGACUUAGUUGGGUUGUCCCGCUUGCUUUCCCAGUUUAUUGUGGAAAUUAGGUUACGGCGUUUAGAAUUGGAACAGUGUUGUUCCCAAGAAGAAGAAAAAUGUCGCCAAAAAGUGUGGGGAUCGGUAUUGAUUUAGGCACUACUUAUUCCUGCGUAGGGGUCUUUCAGCAUGGCAAGGUAGAGAUCAUCGCGAACGACCAGGGCAACAGAACUACCCCUAGUUAUGUGGCUUUCACAGACACCGAACGGCUCAUCGGAGAUGCUGCAAAGAAUCAAGUAGCACUGAACCCCAAUAACACUAUUUUUGACGCUAAGAGACUGAUUGGGAGAAAAUACAAUGAUCCAAUUAUUCAGUCUGACAUGAAGCACUGGCCAUUUAAAGUAGUUAAUGAUAACGGAAAACCAAAACUGCAGGUUGAGUACAAGGGAGAAACCAAAACUUUUUACCCAGAAGAGAUCUCCUCAAUGGUGUUGACUAAAAUGAAAGAAACUGCUGAAGCAUAUCUGGGCCACAGUGUAUCCAAUGCUGUUAUCACAGUACCUGCAUAUUUUAAUGAUUCUCAGCGACAGGCUACCAAAGAUGCUGGGGUUAUUGCUGGCUUGAAUGUCUUGAGAAUUAUAAACGAACCCACUGCAGCUGCAGUUGCUUAUGGACUGGAUAAGAAAGGAAGAGGUGAGCGCAAUGUGUUAAUCUUUGAUCUCGGUGGUGGAACGUUUGAUGUUUCUAUCCUUACUAUCGAUGAUGGUAUUUUUGAAGUGAAGGCCACAGCUGGAGACACUCAUUUGGGUGGUGAGGAUUUUGACAACCGCAUGGUGAGUCAUUUUAUUGAAGAGUUCAAGAGAAAGCAUAAGAAGGACAUUAGUCAGAACAAGAGAGCAGUUAGAAGGCUAAGGACCGCUUGUGAGAGAGCCAAGAGAACCCUGUCUUCCAGCACGCAAGCCAGUAUUGAAAUUGACUCUUUGUUUGAAGGUAUUGACUUUUAUACUUCUAUUACUAGAGCUCGAUUUGAAGAACUUAAUGCAGACCUCUUUAGGGGAACCCUAGAUCCUGUAGAGAAGUCCCUAAGAGAUGCCAAGAUGGAUAAAUCACAGAUGCAUGAUAUUGUCCUUGUUGGGGGGUCUACUCGUAUUCCAAAGAUUCAAAAACUGCUGCAGGACUUUUUUAAUGGCAGAGAACUGAACAAAAGCAUUAAUCCUGAUGAAGCAGUAGCCUAUGGAGCAGCUGUCCAGGCAGCAGUCUUGAUGGGUGACAAGUCCGAAAAUGUGCAAGAUUUACUGCUUCUGGAUGUCACUCCACUGUCUUUGGGUAUUGAGACUGCUGGAGGAGUAAUGACGGUCCUUAUCAAACGUAACACAACUAUUCCAUCUAAACAAACUCAGAGCUUCACAACUUACUCUGACAGUCAGCCAAGUGUGUUGAUUCAGGUGUUUGAAGGUGAACGAGCCAUGACAAAAGACAAUAACCUGCUUGGAAAGUUUGAACUGAGUGGAAUCCCACCUGCCCCUCGUGGUGUGCCGCAGAUUGAGGUAACCUUUGACAUUGAUGCCAAUGGUAUCUUGAAUGUUUCUGCUGUGGACAAGAGCACUGGCAAAGAGAACAAAAUCACCAUCACCAAUGACAAGGGCAGGUUGAGCAAAGAAGAAAUAGAAAAAAUGGUACAAGAUGCAGAGCGGUACAAAGCAGAGGAUGACAUCCAGAGAGAGAAGAUAGCAGACAUGAACUCUCUUGAAUCUUAUGCCUUUAACAUGAAGAGCAGUGUGGAAGAUGAGAAUAUGAAAGGAAAGAUAAGUGAGGAGGACAAAAAGAAGAUCCUAGAUAAGUGCAGCAGUGUCAUUUCUUGGCUAGAGAACAACCAGCUGGCUGAGAAAGAAGAGUAUGAGCACAAACUAAAAGAACUAGAGAAGGUGUGUAAUCCCAUACUUAACAAAUUGUAUCAGGGUGGGAUGCCAGGAGGAUGCCGAGCAGAGUCUGGUAGUGCAAGUUCAAACACAGGACCAACCAUUGAAGAAGUAGAUUAAUUGUGGGCAUUUUGAACAUGUUCAGCAAAAGUGAGAUUUUGAGAGGAAAUAAUUGAUAAUUCCUUUGUUGAAUGUUUUCCUACAGUGAUGAAAACAACGUUGCUAUUCAUUUUUUUAGUGUUUUUUUCCCCAUUUGCACUUCAAAUUUUGAGAGAGACCAUUAGUGUUGAAAUGUUACAGUUUUUUUCUUUUUGUUUUUUCCCCUCUGACUGAACAGAAUAGCGUUUGUGGGGGAUCAUUACUGUUGAAAUGUUUCUUUGUUCUUUCACUCUUUUGACAAAUUAUUUCUGAAGUAUUUUGGCAAUUGCAUAAAUCAUAAUAGUUUUAAGAUGAAUGGUUUUGUAUUCUAUUCACAUGAGACUUGAAAUUAAUACAUUUUAGCAUUUGCAGUUAUUUUUACAGUUGUGCAAAUCAUAAUAGUUUAAGAUGAGUGUUUCUGCAUUCAUUUCAAACUUAAUAUUUGAAUUAUUACAUUAUAAGAAAAAGAAACGUGUGCUGAGUACACAGUAUUUUGUUUUCAUCACAGUACUGUAACUUGGUAAACUCCCUCCAGACAGUUGUUUAUGAAGUACUUGCGUUCUAAUACUUCUCUGCCUGAAAAAAAGCCUCACAGUUUAUUGUAUAGAAAUGGAAUUUUGAAUUUUGUGUUGGAGAAUAUCAGUUUGAAAGUUUGUAUAUUCUGUUCAGUUGUUUGGUAUAGUUUUGUUGCAGACUGAAGUUAUAUUUCUGCAUUAAAUAAAGUUAAUUUAUAUUGAGUAAAAUAA